CAGCGAGAUGGGAACAACGACGCGCGUUAUUCCCAGAGAUCCGUAAACAGUUACGAGUAAUAAGUAUCCGAGUAAAGCCCGAUGAUGCCGGUGAUCGAAGGAGUAAAUUUAAUCUGAACUUUGCGCCAGUUUUCUACAAGUAAAUAAAGAAUACCUGCAGGAAUAAUAAUACGAUUUGCGUCACGUUUACACUAAGCAACGAAACUGAUUUCUUCUUUUUAUUUUUCCUCCUUAUUCUUAUCGCGAAAAAGUUUGUGCGAAAGAUUCAAAAAUUUUCUUAUAUUAAUGGAGCGAUAUUGCAAAACGUUGAAGAACCUCUUAAAGUAGAAACAUUUUCGGUCUACUGGGAAGUAUUAUACGAAGAAUGAAACAACGACGAAUGGUCCGUAAAACACGCUGUGAUUGACCCCUGAGUAACGGCAUGCGCCUUGAGUCAACUUGUACUAAUUUACUAAAUAACGAAACUCUGGCCGUUUAACAAGUUUCAUCAGACUCUCUUAUUGAAUGGGCCUGUUUAUGUGGGUGUAAAAACGAUCGAAAAUGGCGGUUUUCAGCCUGGUCUCGGCUGUAGCUGGGUUCGUCAAGGUUCGAUACUUGAUCGACAAAGCUGUAAUCGAUAAUAUGGUGUUUCGGGCCCAUUAUCGAAUCACCUCUGCAAUUCUAUUCGUCUGUUGCAUCAUCGUCACAGCGAACAGUUUGAUCGGUGAACCGAUAAAUUGUAUAUCGGAUCCGUCGGUCCCGGGACACGUGGUGAACAACUAUUGCUGGGUGAUGGUCAGCUACACUAUUCCUGGAAAAAGUCUCAAGCCUAUACCCUCGGACACAGCGCAUCCAGGCCUCGGUCCAGACACUGGCGAUAGAAAGUAUCAUUCCUACUACCAGUGGGUUCCUUUCAUGCUAUUUUUCCAAGGAAUACUAUUCUACAUUCCACAUUGGAUGUGGAAACAGUGGGAAGAGGGCAAGGUCAAAAAUAUAUCCGAGGGAAUCCGCGGCGCGUUGGUGGAAACCAAGGAGGAACGAUUGGUCAGAACGAAUCGGCUAGUACAGUACAUGUACGAAACUCUACAUCUGCACAACAGUUAUGCAGCCGGAUAUUUCUUCUGCGAGGCUCUCAACUUUGUCAAUGUGGUUGGGAACAUAUUUUUCAUCGACACAUUUUUGGGCGGUGCGUUUUUGACUUACGGAACGGAAGUGGUUGCGUUCAGUAAUAUGGAUCAGGAGAAACGAAGAGAUCCGAUGAUAGAGAUAUUCCCGCGCGUGACAAAAUGCGAUUUCCACAAAUUCGGUCCGUCCGGCAGCGUUCAGAAAUUGGAUUUCCUCUGCGUGUUGGCCCUGAACAUUCUCAAUGAAAAGAUAUACAUCUUUUUAUGGUUCUGGUUUAUCAUUCUGGCCAUUUUUUCGGGAAUCGGUCUCCUGUACAGUAUGGCUAUUGUUCUACUACCGAGCACUCGCGAAGCCAUAUUGAAGAAGCGUUUCAAAUUUGGAAGCUCCGCCGAAGUUAACGCUCUUAUCAGAAAGACUCAGGUCGGAGACUUUCUGCUACUUCAUUUCCUCGGUCAGAAUAUGCACCUCUCAAUAUUCAGAGAAAUUUUGGAAGAAUUAUCGCGUCGUUUGCACCUAGGAUCUAGUAGCGGAGCUUCACCAACCUCUGUGCCAUCGGCUCCGAGUACUUUAGAAAUGUCUCCUAUAUAUCCGGAAAUAGAAAAGUUUGGCAAGGACACGGAAAUCUAAACCAUGUGAUAAAACGUUGAGGUAAAUUGAUGCGAGAAGAGCGCCUGGUUCUUUUUUCAUUUUCUUGGGAAGGUGAACGAAAUUUUGUUCAAUCAUCAUCGAAGUACAGUUAUUUUCACUUCGAUUUCAAAUUCAAACACAUAUUUUCUUUAGUUCGACUUUUCCUUACAAAACAAUUAUACGUAUCGCUGUAAACGAUACGUGCUAAUUAAAUACGAAUGUAUCGAUUAGAUGGGUCUAUAAAUGAUUUCGAUUUAAUUAGAUUUCAUAGGAUUAUUAAUAACGAUACGAUUAUGACUUAUUAUUUUGCUAAGAUAAUGAUCUAUCUUUAAAAUCGCUCCAUGAACAGAAAUUUUUAUAGGAACGAUUGUCUUACUCGAUUUUCAAUUAAAACGCUGUUAAAAGUGCUCCAAGUAUUUUUGCAAUUUUGGUCCGCUUUACGUGUUUGGUAGGAAAACAAAUCCGAUGUUUCGUUAGCAUCCGAAUGCUGUAGUUACUUCAUCUCAUCGUUGCUAAACGAUUUUUUAUAUUUGCAAUAGAUGAUAAUAGCGGGGUGAAUGAAUGAUUGAACGGUCUCGAAUACAUUAAUAAUUUGUUUAAGAGGAUGAUGUACGGGCGUGCGUCAAUAAUAAACAAUUGAUCGCGAUGUGAAAGCGUAGAAAGAAAAAAAAAAUAAUAAUUAAAUAAAAAUGCUUUAAAUCUAAGCAUUGCGUCGACUAAAACAGGCGUACAAUGAGUUUCGUCCUAAGCGCGAUAUGAAAUUUUGCUCUAAAUUAAUUCAGUUCCUGUCUUCUGAACAAAAAUAUUGAUAUCAAAACAUCACAAAUAUCGCGUUUAUAAGUUUGUCAGAGCCAUUAGAGAUUUUCUUUACUUUAAGUUCAUCCAAUCAUCACUUCGACAUUUUAUCAUUACUUCGUCGUGUAUCAAAAUGAGAAUCGUAUACUCCUGUAAUCCACUAGAAAUUGUAAUUGUACAUUUUUUUAAAUGUCGCGUAAAUACUCUAGGCUAAUUUCGCCUAUGAAAGAUAAUAAUCUAUUCACAAAUAUUAGUAUUAAAUUUACUAGUGGGCUUUAUUACUGGGUAAUUUGCUCGACGAUUCGUUUCGUUUUACUCUUUAUCAAAUUAAACCUAAGUAAACAUCAUUUCAACGGAUUACCGAAGACGCCUUUUUCUUUCUUACAUCAGGCCUUCUAAUUUUGAACCAUAAUAUCAUCAUUAUCAUCAAAACUUACGCAUAAUAUCUGAUAAAUAUCAACAAAGAGAAGGAAAAAAAGUGUUUACUGUUUUCGCAGUAUACGCGAUAUAGUAUAUAAAAGUAUUAUACAUUACAAAAUAUAUUGCCAACGGGCAAUUAUACUUCUGUAAUUCGGGAUAAACGGCAUACUAUCUACUGUGACUGAUCUGGUUCGAUAUAAUAUAAAUAUACACACGUUAUAUAUAUUAUUAGAACCUGUUUUCCAUUUAUAUGUAAAUCUCAUCCGAAGCGUUAUAGCCUAUAAAAAAUGUGUAACGUUAUAUCUUGGAUAAAGUAUAACCACGUAUUCAUUCCUCGAGAA